AUGCGUGAAUAUCCUGAUUUGAACUUGGAGGGAUUGCUCUUAUCAAACGAUGCUUGUUGUGAUAUAAUCUACAAAGAAACCUACUUUAGGAAACAUGCCCUACAGUGUCAUCCUAUGCGACAGGCCCUAUUCGAUGUUCUGUGCGAAGUCAAAGAAAAGACAGCGCUACAAAUUCGCACUGGAAAUGAUGAUCAACCAGAGGAUCCACAACUUAUGCGACUGGACAAUAUGCUGGUAGCCGAAGGUGUAGCUGGUCCUGAUAAAGGGGCCCCUCUCUCAGGUGAUGCUUCCGGCGGUGAUCAGGCGGAUUAUCGUCAAAAACUUGGCCAGAUUCGACUUGUUUAUAACCAAGAGUUGCAAAAGUACGAGGAGGCUUGCUCCGAGUUCACCCAACACGUGAUGUCAUUGCUAAAAGAUCAGUCACGGGUGCGACCCAUCAGUCAAAAGGAAAUCGAAAGAAUGGUGUCCAUUAUCCAAAAGAAAUUCAGUGGUAUACAAGUACAGCUGAAGCAGUCUACCUGUGAAGCAGUUAUGAUUCUGAGAAGCCGUUUUCUCGAUGCUAGACGUAAACGUCGCAACUUUUCGAAACAAGCAACAGAAGUGUUGAAUGAGUAUUUUUAUUCACAUCUGAGCAACCCGUACCCGUCAGAGGAGGCAAAAGAAGAACUUGCACGGCAGUGUAAUAUUACAGUGUCUCAAGUGGGUGACUUUUGUGGUUUCCAUUUGUUUUUGAUGGGACUUAUUUUCUUUCCAAUGCAAAGCGUUAGGAAAUUGAGAAGUAACUUCAAUCUUACUUGA